AUGCAGCCGUUAAAAAGUUCCAAAAAUAAAACCUUGAUAAUGAUUAUCUCUGGUACCAACGGUGCGAAACUAUGGCUAUUGAGCAAUCUAUAUGAAAUUUGCUGGGACACAAAUGGAAACGUGUACUUUGCCGAACAGUCGAAUUAUCAAGUUCAUCGAUGUACCAUUGACAACAGUUCAGGUAAUGAUUGGAUAAUAAAUAAUCACAAUGGAUCAUACAAUAUCCGAGGUGAAGUACCCGGCACAAUUCAUACGAUUCUUUUGGCUGCAAAUCAAAUUAGCGAACCUUAUUGGGGUUAUAAUGAUGUUAAGCUUCGUUAUUUAGUUUAUGACCUAUGGACAUUUAGAAAGAAUUUCUCCUUGACAAAUGACAUACUAACAUUGACAAAAUUCACAAUACAUUUCGAUCAAAUUGAUACAAUUGCAAAUAUCACGUUAAAUCAAUGUUUUCUUGGGCAAACGAACAAUAUGUUUGUAGCGUAUUCAUUUGAUAUCACGAGAAACUGUUUAAAAUCAACAAAUGAACUUCGACUUGAUUUUGAGUCUCCGGUUAUCUACGCAUUAGAUCAAUCUCAAUCUUACAAUGAUAGUGUUCCUCCAUUCUGUCCACCUGAUAUUCAACACGCAUUCAAUUAUUACUCAAAUAAUCAAACUUGUCAACUGUUUUAUUCCAACCUCACUUUCAUCUAUGUCCAAUAUCAACUGAAUACCGUUAUUUUAUUCGUUAAUCAAACAAAUCUAGCUAUUCAGUUAGCAAGAUCAGUCGUACGACCAACAGUGUGUCCAUCCGCUGUUUGGAAUCCAAAUGGCACCACUAUUGCCGGAUCAGCCAGUGGUAAUAGUGGAUCAUCUUCAUCACAACUCAACAAUCCAUUCGAUAUCGCAGUCGAUUCAGCACUGAGCCUGUAUGUGGCCGAUUAUUCUAACUAUCGUAUCAUGAAAUGGAUUAAUGGCAGUGCUAAUAGUACAGUUGUCGGCCCACAAUUAGGCUACGGCGUCGGUCCAGAUACACAACACCUGCACAGUGCCACAGCACUUUAUUUAGAUUCGACGGAGUCAAAUCUGUACAUAGCCGACACGCACAACUGUCGCGUUCUCAAGUGGAAUAUGGUAUCGAACAGUGUCACAGUGGCUGUCGGGGGUUCAGGGUGUGGAUCUUCAUUGAACACUUUUUAUUGGAGUGAUGGGAUAUAUGUUGAUCGGUUCAGCAAUAUCUAUGUUUCGGACUGUAACAAUAAUCGAGUACUCAAGUUUCCUCCUAACUCGACUUCUUCCACACUGAGUGUCAUAGUCGCUGGGACUGGCACUGCAGGUAGUGCGUUGAAUCAACUAAGCACACCCGGUGGUAUUUAUGUUGAUGAAAGUGACAACGAUACAUUGUACGUUGUUGAUCGCUUGAAUAAUCGAGUGAUGAAAUAUCGUGCUAAUGAUACGAAUAGAACAGUGGUUGCCGGUGGUAAUGGUCCUGGUAGCUCGUUCAAGCAAUUGUACGAUCCACGAGAUGUCUAUGUUGAUUCGUUCGGUACAGUUUAUGUUAGUGACACUGCAAAUCACAGAAUCAUGAAAUGGGUGAAAAAUGCAAGAAAUGGAACGUUGAUAGUGGGUGUGACUGGCGUGACUGGUACUACACCGUCUAGGCUGAACAAUCCGUAUGGAAUUCGUUUGGACAAAAGUGGAAACUUGUACGUUGCUGACUAUACAAACGAUCGCAUUCAACGUUUCACUAUUGACAAUAGUUCUUGUUAG